CUUCUAUAUAACAGAUAGGGAAAAAAGAUUUUGUAGUCCGCGUUGCAUUCCGGAAAAUAAAUAGCGUUACACACAGCCACAUCGGCAAACAAACGCAGUUAACAGACAACACUUUACGUACAGUGGGACAGAGAGGCAUCGGAAAGUGAGAUGUUGCUGUACAUCGUGGGGCUACUGGUCCUGUGGUUUGUCUACAGAUGGUUGAAGGAGUUCAAACGUGUGGAGAACAAGGGAGACAAACAUGUCUACAUCACCGGUUGCGAUAGCGGCUUUGGGCAUCUCCUGGCCAAGCACUUGGAUAAGCUGGGCUUCAGCGUGAUAGCCGGCUGUUACACCGAGAAGGGCGAAGAUGAGCUGAAGAAGGCCUCCUCCGACAGACUGACCACUCUUCACUUGGACGUCACAGACUCUGCAGGCGUUAAAAAGGCCGCGGCUCUCAUCGACACUCUUGUAGGACAGAAAGGACUAUGGGCCGUGGUCAACAAUGCAGGCGUCGCUGUGCCGACGGGCCCCUCAGACUGGCUUACAAUUGAAGACUACAAGAGCAUGCUAGCUGUCAAUCUGCUGGGCGUGAUUGACGUGACCCUGAGCGUCCUCCCUCUCAUCAAGAAGGCCCAAGGCAGGGUGGUGAACGUGGCCAGUGUGUUUGGGAGGAUCAGCCCGUUCGGCGGUCCGUACUGCGUGUCCAAAUACGGCGUGGAGGCCUUCAACGACACCUUGCGGUUGAACUUGGCGCCAUUUGGUGUGAAGGUUUUGUGCAUCGAGCCCGGCUUCUUCAAAACAAACGUCACUGACGCAACGGUGUUGGAAAAUAACCUGAAGAAACUUUGGGACCGAUUGCCGCAGGACGUGAAAGACGACUACGGACCAGACUUUUUGGAAAGUGCAUUCAAAAUGAUGUCACGAAAAUUCCAAGUGUUGACUGACAGCGACCUGAUGAAAGUGGUGGGCUGCAUGGAGCACGCUGUGGCCGCCGUCCACCCUCGCACCCGCUACUCGCCCGGAUGGGACGCCAAGUUCAUCUGGCUGCCUCUGUCCUACAUGCCCACCUUCAUCACUGACACCUACUUUCUUAAAUUCAGCCCCAAGAUUAAAGCGUCUGUGUUAUAAAAUACCACGGGAGUCCUUCCAUCUGGUGUUACUUGCCACUUUUUUAAAUUCUUCAUAAUCCCUAUAUAUAAAUAUAUAAGUCAAUGCAGCUUUACUCAUAACUCUGAUGUAAGACCUCAGCGUAGACAGCUGACCUCUGACCCGAAGUCUGUGCUGCUUUUAAAGGGCUUAAUAUUCAACUUGCUUUCUUUCUUAUUGGACUUGGGCUGGGGUUGACUUGGGACCCACAGAGGGAAGGCACAUUUGAGACCACUCACUGUACUGUACUGUCAAUCAAUUUCAUAAUUGUAUAUCAAGCUUAUAUAAACAUUGAAAAAUAGAUCAAUCUUUUUUGUAUCAUCGUGAACACGAACCAGUACAUCAUUGGUGAGGCCAAAUAUUUCGUCGCCUAGUGGAACAAGUUUUGAAAAGGUUUUACAUUUUUAUAUGCAUAUCAUAAAAACCUGGCAUGUAGACUUUUUAUAUCCAUUUAAUGUAGCAUGCCCAAAUAUGUGUAUCAACAUUGAUGUUUCAAAAUGAAUAAUGUUUGUCAUACUGUACGAGUUUUAAACUGUGGUGUAGUUCAUUUUGGGCCAAGAUCUAAUCAUGCGCCGGUCAAAGAAUGCGUGUUACACAAUCGCGCACUAGUGAAACAUUGAAGGGAUUGUCUCUGCCUUUAGUCAGUCUUCCUAAUGACUUCCGUUGACAUGGUAGGUUUAUUUUAUUUGUUUUUGACACGAUAAUCUUAAAUAUGAGUGAUUGACAACCGCCUAAGUGUAAUGAAAUCAUAAGCGGCUAAGGUGCUGUGAGGCAAUUAGGAAUGUUUUCAAGUUUGGACUUUUUUAACGCAUUAGGUACAUAAUUGUU